AUUAAAAAUAAAAAUUAACUUUUAAAUAAAUUGAGAAUUGCGUAUGGAUUAGGUUUAAACCGCCGAUACUAUCGAUACUUGCAUCGAUAGUUUUUGCAGUCAGCUGUUGCUCCAACAUACACACACAUGCAAAUGUAGCUUUACAUAAAUUUCGUUACGAGCCUAACGCGAUUUCAACGGCGUAUGUCAAAAAUGUUAGUAGUGGUGCCACCGGCACCACCACCGCCGCCACUAGGGUCCCUUUUGCGAAACCCAUCUCAAACUUUUGGAAGGGACGAAGCUGUUCGUACCAUUACAAAUAACGGAUUUGUCGAGUGUUCAUGGGCGUGGGAACACCCAGAACUUCAGAGAGGUUGCUACUUUAAUCGCGUGUGCGAGAAUGAUGCACCGAAGCAGUGUCAAUAUUAUGACAUCCCAGGCCUAUUACAAGUUGGACCUACCUGUGGCCCAACCGCAUUAACCAUAUUACUGAAUGCCACUCAAAGAACGACAACGCCUUCAGAACUGUGUGCGGAGGCGAAGGCCUUAGGCUAUACUUUGAACGGUGAAAUCUUCAGUGCGCAAUAUUUAUUUGAACUCACGCGAAAACACUUGCUACUUGGGCCUGGUGAGUGCCAGUUGUAUAAGGGACGCUUGUGCUGCGACAAGGUCAAGGAAUUGUUGCGAGCUGGAGGCUGUCUGCUAGUUCCGUACGACGCCGAUGUCAAUCAUGCGCCUUGUUUGAAAACUGGCCAUAGAGCUCAUUGGGCCCUUGUCUUAGGUUAUCUGAUUGAUUCAAGAGAUAAGUUCUUUGUUAUUGCCCGCCAUGGAAAAUCGAGUAAUUUGGCCGUUUGGUCGCUGGACGUCUUGAGCGAAAGUAAUGGGAAUCUUCAAGAGUUCGCACAGCCUAAAGGUUAUCCGUGCAGCACUCUUUUUGUACAACCCCCCGGUGGAAUAGGUGGUGUUUUAGGAUUGAGGGAACGUGCAAUCCUAGUAAACGGUUUGCCUCUGCCCAUUGUGCAUGUGUGCUAAGAGCAUAUUUUCAUACGAAUUAAUGGAAGAUUGUUUAUUUUUAAAGCCAAAUUAUAAUUUUGACAAUUUCAAAAUUUAGUAAAUUUUAAAAUUGAUGCGCCAAUAA